CUUGGGAACCCGAGCGCCGGGGAGCCGCGGGUCCCGCCUCGCUUCAGGAAAGCAGGAGGAAAACGACGCGAUCCGGGUCAAACAAAAGAAUCCGAGGGCCGGGAGGCGGGAGGGCGACUACCUGCUGGAAGCCAGCGUUCCUGCUGGCCCUGCGCACACGCAAACCGGGCCUCCUUUGAUGUUCUGCAACUGAUCACCGGUCAGAUUACGCAUUUCAUCUCCCUGCUCGUCUGCCUUUGAUCUGCGGGCUUAAUUCCAUUUUCCUGGAUUUGAAGUUUUGUCUGGGCUUGUGCUGACAGACAUUUUUGGGAAGGAGAAGCACUUGGCACAGAGGUGCUGCCAAGGAGAAACUCGGGCGCCGAAAGGGUGAGUCCUGGAAAGAGUUCAGUGCGUUGAAGAACCCUUCAGCCAGAAAGGCGUUUAGUAAGAGCAAUGGCUUUUGAAGUCCUACUGGAGCGGCAGAAGGCACUUUUCCCGAUUCUGGUCUUGCUAGCCGGUUUGGCAUGUAAAGGAACGUGUGAAACAGGAGACUGUGGCCAGCAGGAAUUCAGGGAUCGAUCGGGAAACUGUGUUCUCUGCAAGCAGUGUGGGCCUGGCAUGGAGUUGUCCAAGGAGUGUGGCUUCGGCUUCGGGGAGGACGCUCGGUGCGUGAGCUGCCGGCCGCUCCGGUUCAAGGAGGACUGGGGCUUUCAGCAGUGCAAGCCGUGUCUGGACUGCGCGCUGCUGAGCCGCCUCCAGAAGGCCAACUGCUCCGCCACAGCGGACGCCGUCUGCGGGGACUGCCUGCCCGGAUUUUAUAGGAAGACAAAGCUCGUCGGUUUUCAGGACGUGGAGUGUGUACCUUGCGGGGACCCCCCGCCCCCUUACGAGCCGCACUGUAGCAGCAAGGUCAACCUGGUGAGGAUCCCGUCCACAGCCUCCAGCCCGCGGGACACGGCCCUGGCCGCCGUGAUCUGCAGCGCGCUGGCCACCGUCCUGCUGGCCCUGCUCACCCUCUGCGUCAUCUACUGUAAGCGGCAGUUCAUGGAGAAAAAGCCCAGCUGGUCUCUGAGGACACAGGACCCACGGUACCAGGGUUCUGAACUGUCCUGUUUUGACAGACCUCGGCUCAGCACCUCCGCUCCCCGCGUGUGUUGUCAGUGCCACCGGGACUCCCCCCCGACCUGCGGGCCUGUCCGCCUGACCGCAUCCGGGUGCUGUGACAGGGUCUGUGUCGUCGGCCGGGAGACCUCUGGGUGUAGGGUGCAUUCCAAGGCCGCUCACCAGGAGAGGUCCGUCUGUGGCGAGUUCUCGGACGCCUGGCCUCUGAUGCAAAAUCCCAGCUGUGGUGACGACACCUCUUCUUGCGACUCUUACGCUGGACUCACUGGAGAAGAUGUUCCUUCUCUCAGCCUGGAAGACGGAAGUCCAUCAUCCUUGGACCCCAGCAGGCAUCGGGGGCUGGUCGGCGAGGCUGCUCCAAUGCCAGCUCACCCUGAAGACGUGACGGAAACGACUGAUAUACUGAGACACAGCAACUCACUGCCAGAGCCAGUGCUGACCCAGGACGUGCUCUCGGCCAGAAGCCAGCGAGGAAGCCAGAAGGACUUGCUUCUUCCUGCAGUGAAGUGUCGCACGGGCCCCAAGGACACUCACUCCUCUGCGUGUGGAUGGCACACCGCCUGGACCUCGCUCGGCUUCUGGGGGACAAGAGUAAAUCUGAACCAAACCGAUGGCGUUUUUCGGCCUUUCGCCCAGUGGCUUCUGAGCCAGACCAGCUGUAUGCUGCAACCUCAAGGCACAGGCUCCGGGCCCGUGAACCUCUGCGUCUUUCCCGCACAGGGAACCGCUGUGCUCAGGCCGGACUUCACAGGCCGCUGGGCCUCGUCUGCAGCCCGCGAGCGAGCGUGUGCGCCUAACAAGGAGCAAGAGUGCAUUCCUGGUGGGUGCUCUCACAGGACUGCGGACCCGGAGGAUACAUGUGCAUUUGCCUUUUCUUUCCAGAAAUAAUUUCGUACAGCCAAUUAUCCUGCUAGAAGUCAAUGUCAGAUUAGUUACCUUCGCCUUUAUGUCAGAUGGGUUCAAAGAGGAGUGUCUACUGACUGAAGGUCACUUUUUCAUCAUCUAAAUAAUUAGCGUCGGAGGUGAGAAUUGACCGCCUACAGCUGCCCGAGUCCUGGGCUUAUUAGACGAUAUUAACGGUCCUAAUCGGGAAUCAGAAGAGACCUGACCUUUUCCAGAAUGGACACUCCUCACCUCAGCCACUGUCUAGUAGCAGGAGGGGCCGGAGUCAGGGGAUGUGGCUGGAAAAGGCAGACCAGCCCACCGUCACCCUGAGUUAAAGCCCCUGGACGCUUGCAUUGUUGGUGAGCAGGUUCAUGUGAAAGUCAUAAUAAGGGAGCAGCUGUGGCCUCCGUCCCUGUGACUGCGCUUUAAAGACCCAGAGCUUCUCUUUGAUAGGAAAGUGGUAUUUGUAAUUUCCUUUUAUGUGCAUCGAAUUUUAUCCUAAAGGCUUUAGAAAGGACAACACAGCAGGUUUCCCUGCUGCUGAAGCAGCACCGGGUGAGGCGUCUGUGAGACCACGCAGCAUGUUAGAAGCAGAGGAAGAAGCCCAGCUUGUAGGCAGCGUUCAGGUGAACUGUGCGUAGCUGCCGUGGCUGUUUGACCAGGGUUGUAGGCUCUCCUCGACCUCGUAAGCUUCGUCAGCACGGUAACUCCCAUCAGCCAGAGGAUGCUGGAGUUAACCAUCCAGCACUUCUAGGAAGGCGUUCCAUCCCUACCACCUUGGUAUUUCUGUGCUAGAAGUACCCCUAGCACUACGACAGAAAUAACCCAGCCGUGAACCAGGGGACGGCUCGCUUGCUCUUUCUGUGCCCUGGAGAGGAGUUACUAGAGCAGGGUUGUCUUCCUGCUUGAACCUGCACGAUCAGCUCUGGUGUUGUCUUUUGACUGAUUACUCUUAGCUCCAUCCCAUUUGCACUUAAAAAAGAAACAGACCUUUGAAUGUACAUGUAUUAGAGAAUGCACAGAAACUUUGUUUCCAAAUUGCCCCCCGCCCCCCACCCCCGGCCAUGGCCAAAUCAGUGUCUUCUACCUGACAUUUAAACUGAGCAUAAGAAAUCUGCCUUUCCUAGGACAUUUUAACUUCCCUCUUAUCACCCCACACUUUUCUUUCUUUGCAAGGCUUUGAUGAAAUCUUGCAAGGCCUCUUCCUUGUGCUGGAAUUGUUCCUCCAUCCACAGUUGAGGAUUUGCUGUGCGGACGCUGGCUCACCCGGGUUUGUACGUCGUGUGUGUGACCCCGUUCCUUUGACUGAAAUAGGAAAUUAACCAGAGCGCUCAUGGUAACGCAAGCCUUUUGGGUCUACCUGGAGCCCAGCCACAGUCGAUUGACUUUUUCUUUUUUCUUUUCCUAUUUUAGCGUAGAGCAGAGGUUCUUAAGCUCUGGUACUCACCAGCUCCUCUGAGACUUGCCUUUAGGAGCCUCAUGUACAGCACUUCGGGUCUGACCACAGGUGUCCAUGAAAACGCAGGUUCCUUGAAUGGCUUCGCCAUGAGUCACGUGGGGCCCGCCUUUGCAGUCUGCUCACUCUUGUUCGGGGGAGGGAUGGUCCAGGUAGGCUAGCACUGUGUUCCUUUUUGUAACCUGAGUGUUUUCCGUAUGUGUAGCCCUCAUUAACUCCAAAGGCACAUGCUUGCGGGAUAAAGCUACGGUUGAUGGGGAAUGAAACUUCGGCCCCAGAUCCUAAAACAUCACUUUGGAUCUAUAGAGAAACACUUACGGUGAAAAACUGAUUUCCUGUGAUACCGCACUUGGAAAGUCCUGGGUUAUGUUUAUCAAGAUGGAGACAUUGUACCGCCACCUGCUACCGGAACACUCCGUGGUGUUACAGUCUGUGCUCUUCGUAAACCCUGGAGAAGACCAUCCAGUUACCAUUUCACAUCACUGGAAUAACCUGGGGCACUCAGGCUUGGCUGCGAGGGUGCUGGUGCCAGGAAGACCCCGUCAGGCGCUAACAGGGCUGGAGCGUGAGUCCCUGUGACUUUCAGCUCCGCAGAAACACGUCACCACGGAUGCGACUAGGAUUCGGAGAGCAACCGCGUAAAGGCAUGGAUUUCCUGAUUUUGUGUAUAUGGAGUACAUUUUUCAAGUAUAGGUUUUUUCUACUUUAGGUAAAGCAUUACUGUUGCUAGGUGAAGCACUGUUGUCUGUGCUAGUAAAACAUAGGACAGGAACAUCUCCAUCGUCGCUUUAGGGCAGUCAGAUCGCACCGGUUUACAGUGCGUCGUCACUGUUUUGCCUGCUGGGACUUACGAAUUUGUAAAUUUUGUUUUCUCACACAAAUCGUUUUGUAAGACCUUUUUUUUAUUUGUGAAUAAAAUUGCUACCUGGUAUUCUGAUGAACA